AUGGCUGCUCAACAAGUAAUUUGUAUUGUUUAUUACAAUGGUUCAAUUGUUGAUGGAGUUGAAGGAAAAACAUUCGUAAGUGACUAUAAAAAGGCGUUCAAAGUACAUUUAGGAAGCAACUUUGCUCGUCUAAAGAAUGUCAUUAGAAAAAAAUUACAGCUCAGUGGCAACGUCACGAUAAGUGAUAUAGUUUAUCAACUCCUUGUGUUCUUUGGUGAAAAUACAACAAGGUUUGAACUCAUGAAGAUUUGCGACAAUGAAGAUGUUGAGUUGAUGUUUAUGCAAUGUGGUCACAACUCGACACCAAAGAGUUAUAUGUUACCUUCGAAACAAACUCAUCCAGAAAGUUUUCAACUCCAUCAUCAAUCUCCUCCAACAAGUCCACAAUGUGAUCUUCCCUAUAGUGUCUUACAUAGUAUCAACGAGGAAGAUUUAAUUGAUUAUAGUAAAGGGGAUGAAACAUACUUCGAUGAAUCAUUUGAUAAUUUUGUCGAUGACAUUGAUGGUGACGAAGAUAUAGAAGCAGAAGAUCAACCUAUUCUACCUGAUUUCGAUCCACCAUUUCACCUGAAGAGCAUCAAUUUAGAUACUCAACAGAAAUCAAGUGAAUUUGAUCACUUGCUCAUUAACGAAGUCCCAACAGUAGAUGGAACUCUUGCGGUUGGAAUGAAGUUUCAUAACAAAGAUGAAUGCAUCCAAAUUGUUUGUUUAGAUGCAGAGCUUCAAAAUGCAAAAAAAAAAAGUGAAUUGUGGGUUAUUGGUAAAUCGAAUGUGCCUCAUACAUGCACAAAUUCUGCAUUGUCACAAGAUCAUAUGAAGCUCGAUUCUAACAUGAUAUGUCAAAGCAUAAUGAAAGUUGUGAAUGUGGAUCCUUCAAUCAAAGUGAAGGUAAUUGUUGCUCAGAUUCGAGCUUUACAUAACUACACAGUUAGUUAUAAAAAGGCCUGGAUGGGAAAGAAUAAAGCGAUCGAACAAAUUUAUGGUAACUGGGAAGAGUCUUACAAUCAACUCCCACAAUGGUUGUUGGUUAUGAAAACGUUUGCUCCAGGAACUAAAAUAGAAAUGGAAACCAUCCCAGCUUAUCAUGAGAAUAGUUUGAUAAAUGGGAUAAGGAUUUUUCAUAGACUAUUUUGGGCUUUCGUUCCGUGUAUAUCUGCGUUUAAAUUCUGCAAACCAAUAAUACAAGUUGAUUGGCUGUACGACAAGUACAAAGGAACUCUAUUGGUAGCAGUUGCACAGGAUGGGAACGACAACGUAAUUCCUAUUGCUUAUGCUAUUGUGGAAGCAGCAUGCUCUAGCAUAAAAUAUAAUUAUUGGAGCCUUAUACCUGAUGUGUAUAAAGUGGAAACGGUAUUAAAAGUCUAUGAUGAAGUGUUCCAACCCAUACCAAACCAAGGAUAUUGGCCACAAUAUGAAUGUGUUAAGGUGUGUCACAAUCCACUAAUGCGGAGAGUCAUGAAAGGUCGUCCAAAGAGCAAAUGCAUUAGAACAGAAAUGGACAGUACAUAA